UAUAGUUGGCAUUGGCAACAUCGAACAUACCAUAAACAAUUACUUUGCUCAUAGUUUGUUGCACGUAAUCUUUAUUUACGAUUUCACAAAAACAUAUUUUAAUAAUUUACGUUCGUACAUUUCUUUUAUUAUAUGAAUUAUGUAAACAUUUUAUGAAGAGUUGGGGACAGCGACCGGGUCGCUGUAGACGCAAGUUAUCAGUGAAAGUUUGUAAAAUGUCGCGGGGGUAAUUCGGGUAACCUGGGAAAAUAAUACCAAAACAAUGGUUCCUGCGCCGAGCUGUCCGUUUACGUGGGACUACUGGACGUCCUCGCCAUCGGACGUGGUAGAGCUCACGUGUUUGUUACCGAACUCUGUUUACAUUCCUCUGAGGAUAAGUUGGGAUGCCACUCUCCAGGAUGUCAAAGAGGAUAUAUGGGACAGGGCCGUCAACUUCCCCCUAUUUGGGAUGUUGCACGAGAUGUCCAGCUAUGUCUUCCAGUUUGUCAACUCCCUCGCAGUACUUGAGGAGGUUGACGAUGAGAACAAGCGCAUCCGUGACAUCAAACCAGUAUGCGGUGUGCUUAUGAUAGUCAAGAAAUCUUAUGAAAGACCUGGAGAACAGCUGCUGAACACACAUAUUAGCCGUCUGAUUGGAAAAAGCCUCAACGAAUUCGACAAUAUUCGAAGUUCGGAGGUGAAUGACUUUCGGAUGAGGAUGCGUUACUUAGCCGAAGAAAGUCUAAUACGUCGGGCACAGAGUACCAGGCUGGAGAGGCUCCGGUACCAGUGCCCGCCGAGACUUGCUGACCAGCCCGGAACACCGACCACGCUGCGGACAAUCCUGACACAACACUGUUUCUUACUUGUCACUAAAUUCGCUAAUUUAGAGGUAUCAUUUUCAACAAGCGUCCCAGAGACGAGAACACCUCAGCAGCACAUCGAGGUGAUCCUCCGCAGGUUGGCUAACUCUUUGAACAUGCGAGGAGAGGAUCCUCACAACUACGUGCUGAAGGUGUGCGGGCGCGAGGAGUACCUGUUCGGAGACUACCCCCUCAUCCAGUUCCUGUACAUCCAGGAGAUGCUGGCCACGGACGGAGUGCCGCAGGUCAUGACCGUCAGCAUGGAUAAGCUGCCGCUGACGCUAAGUCGAGACCUUCCCUACUACCCAUACUGCCUGCCCGAGCGUAGACGACUGACGUCAGAGCAUUCAAACACGAUGCGACGGAAGAAAAAUGAAUCUUCGUGGAAUAUUCAUAAAAACUACUCUUGCGUGGUGCAGAGCGUUAGCAAGCUUAACGUGGACCCUGGGAAUGGUGCAACUGAGGUGAUAUGCCAAGCCGGUAUCUUCCACGGCGGGCGGCCGCUCUGCGAGACGCAGAAGACGAAGCCGGCGGUGAUGACGGACGGCACGGCGGUGUGGGACGAGGAGCUGACCUUCCCCAUCAAAGUCUCCAACAUACCACGGAUGGCCAGGAUCUGUUUCGGUGUCUACGAGAUCUCUAAGACUAAGAGCAAGAAGAAGGGGAAGGAGGUAAUAAACAGACUGACAUGGGCGAAUACGAUGGUGUUCGACUACAAGGAACAGCUCCGUACGGACGGCGUGACGCUGUCCAUGUGGACCCACGUGGCCGACGACACGCAGGGAGACGACCUCGUCCUCCAUCCUCUCGGAACUGUGGUCUCUAACCCUAUAUCUGGGAUCCGAGAGUCCUGUGCGGCUCUACAGGUCACGUUUUCUAAUUACGAUUGCCAGUACCCAGUGUUAUUUCCUAAAGAGGAGACUGUACGCGAGUACUCGGAGAACAUCGAGGCAGUGUCGCCCGAGGUCAUGGAGAGGCUCAGCAGAGAGUACGACAGACUGCGGGCCACCGCCGAGAAAGACCCCAUGUAUGAAAUGCACGAACAGGACAAGAAAGACAUUUGGGCUUCGAGGGAGCGGUUCCGCACGGAGGCGCCGGAGCUGCUGCCGAAGCUGCUGUCGUGCGUGGAGUGGGGCGAGCGGUCCGAGGCGGCCGCCGUGCGCCGCCUGCUGGCCAACUGGCCGCUGCUGCGCGUCGAGGCCGCGCUCGAGCUGCUCGACUACGCAUACGCUGACGCCGCCGUCAGGAGCUUCGCCGUCAAGUGUCUCGGGAAGAUCAGUGACAACGACCUGCUCCUAUACCUGCUGCAGCUGGUACAAGCGCUGAAGCACGAGUCGUACCUGAUGUGCGACCUCUCUGUGUUCCUGCUCAAGCGGGCAUUCAAGAACAUGACCAUCGGACACUACCUCUUUUGGCAUUUAAGGUCGGAGAUGCACGUGGCGUCGAUAUCGGUGCGGUUCGGUCUGCUACUGGAGGCGUACUGCCGCGGCUGCCAGGACCAUAUCAACAGUCUGUCGCGCCAGAUCACGUGCCUAGACAAGCUUAAAUGGGCGUCCCAGUGCGUUCGGAAGAAGAAGGAGAUUAAGCAAGCCCGCGCCGCCCUCAUCCACCACCUACAAGAACAGCACUGCCUGGAAACUCUCUGUGAUUUUGUCUCGCCGCUUAACCCUAGUUUUGUUUGCAAGAGAAUCAAGCCUGAUGAAUGUCGAGUGAUGGACAGCAAGAUGAGGCCGUUGAAGCUGAAGUUCGAGAACGCAGACCCCACCGGCUCCGACAUCAGCAUCAUACUGAAGAUAGGAGACGACCUCAGACAGGACAUGUUCACGCUUCAGAUGUUGAGGAUCAUGGAUCGGCUGUGGAAGAACCAUGGAUAUGAUUUUAGAAUGAUCCCGUACAACUGCAUCUCGAUGGAGUACGCGGUGGGCAUGAUCGAGGUGGUGGAGGACGCGGCCACCGUCGCCAACAUACAGAAGCAGAGCUCGCUCUUCAACGCCGCCUCCACCAUUUACAAGUCUACGUUGUUGCAAUGGUUGAGACGAAACACGGAGAACAACGAGGUGGCGUUCAACAAGGCGGUGAAUGAGUUCACAAUGAGCUGCGCCGGCUACUGCGUGGCUACGUACGUACUGGGCAUCGCUGAUAGACACCCAGACAACAUCAUGGUCAAAACUAAUGGCCAGCUAUUCCACAUAGACUUCGGUCACUUCCUGGGCCACUUCAAGCAGUGGUACGGGUUCAAGCGAGAGAGGGCGCCCUUCGUGCUCACACACGACUUCAUACACGUCAUCAACAAGGGCCAGAAGGGCUCCGGAGACAAACUACCCAUCGACUUUAAGAUAUUUAGGGAACAUUGCGAGAAGGCGUUUACAAUACUCCGCAAGCACGGGCACCUGAUAUUGUCACUGUUCUCCAUGAUGAUGUCCACCGGCCUGCCCGAGCUCAGCUCAGAAAAAGAUCUCCAAUAUUUACGUGAAACUUUAGUAAUGGACCUAUCGGAAGAGAAAGCGAUGGAGCAUUUCCGACAGAAGUUCAACGAAGCAAUGAAGAAUGGGUGGACGUCGUUCAACUGGGUGAUCCACAACAUCGACAAGAACAACUGACAGUGACCCAUGCCCCGCCGGCUCACGAAGCACCGACAUUCGAACUCCAUGCAGACAAUAUAAACGAUACAAGGAUAUAGGUAAAACACGCAUUUAUACCUCUCUCUGUACUCCCCAGUACGAGUUAUAGUCAGAUUUUGUCAUGGUCAGAGGCAAAGCCGUAUUAUUCCAAUGGCGUACUAGGCAAGUACUAGGUUUCGGAGAGGCGCUGCGAGACGCACAUACCCAACUGCCCAUAGAUAGGCGACAAAAAAUGUAUGGCGUCUGUUAGGUGCUUGCCUAGGGCGUUUUCUAGGUUUAAUCGUAGUGUGUAAGUUUGCGUAUUAUGUAUUAUUUAAUGGUUAUUGCUAUUGUUUAGUGCUAAUCAUGUCUGGAAAGGUAACGUAAGAAUAGGAAAAGUAAUUUGUGUUGGAUGUUAAAGAAAAUACAUAAUCCGCGAAUGUUGACCAUGUUAAAAUCUGGCUUUGGUUCGUACCGGGUAUUAUAAUAACUACUCGCCUAAUUUGUACAGUUUGAAGAGGUAUAAAUGCGUGCGAUCAACGGAACAUAGAUUACCAAACAAAGUGUAAACACAAUCGCGUAAGAUCCAGGUUAUAAUGCAAAGCUUAAAGGACUGCUUUCAUACUUGAUUUUAUCAUCACAAUCAGUUGAUAUUGUCAUUAGUAGAUAUACAUUUUUCGAGGUUUUUAAUGAACAGAUUGUGCUAUCAAACAAGUAAUUCGUUUCCUAAUUACUAAUGUAGUUAGUGGACUAAUGGCCGUUUACAAAAACCAUCCCUAAACCAUUUGCUAAGAGUUACUUAGCGUUAUCAAGCACCUAAACUAAACUCUUACCUUUAGGUGUCACUUAUUAGCUUAAAGGUAAAAAAAAAUUGGGGGUUUAUGGAAACGGGCAUUAGUCAUGCCUUAUCAGAAAUAAUGUUUGAAAUGACUGUAAAACUUUUACAUUGAGAAACAAUAGGUAAUUUUGCUAGUAAUUAGCUUAUGAAUUAGCGGAAUAAUUUUGCAAUGCUACGGCAUUUUAAUGUUGGUCAAUUAUUGCGAACAAUAUCGUUACAAUUAACCAUCGUUGUUGAUGUUCUUAUCUGAAUUAAAGAGCGGGUGAUAUCGUCAUUAAAAAAAGGCCUAUACUAGAAAUAAUAGUUCUUACUUUCCUUGAUGUAUUUAAGAAUCAUCGACCAAUGAAAUCGUCUUUAAUUUUCAAUCUCAGUUGGGUGUCUGUGUUUGGCCACCAACCCGCUUACUGCCAGAAUGGCGAAGCGAAGAUGUGGCCGAAGAUGGAGCACACAGACUUAGAAAGUACCUAUUCACUCUGACCUUGACAAAACCCGGGUUAUAUUUCUCAGUAAGAAUAGAAGCCGUAUAUACUAUUGACGAUUAUCCCCGCUCCACAACAGUUAUCGUGAGCAAAUUAACUGAAAGAUCCCGUUCACAUCAGUAAAACGACAGACUAACAAAUAUUACUUAGAUUAGUACAUAAUCGUAGUGUUUUCAAUACGCUAGACAGCUAGAUUUAUAUAGUAUUGAAUUAUAACUUCGUUAUAUGGUCCUAAAGGGGUUGUGGAGCAUAGGACUGGGGUCUUUUCCUACUACAGAACUUCUAAAGUCUUACAAUAAAUAGUGUUAAAAUAGACAAAAAAUGUAUGACUAAAACGGGUGUCUAGACAAGUGCCAAUUACUAAGAUUGGAAUAUAAAGUCGUGCGUAAAUACUAAAUGAAAACUUGUUACCGUGUAUGUCUGUUUGUGAUAAACUCAAAAACUACUUAACAGUUUUUCAUGCAAUUUUCCUCAUUGGGCAAAAUUUAAACAUAUCUGUGUUUCGGUAACAUUGUCAUUUAUGUAACACUGUCAAAAUCUAUGACAUUAUAGUCAUAGAUUUUUUGGAUUUUUCGACAAGCUAUUUGUGUUCUAAGGCACUUGUCUAGACCCCCACAAAUAAAUCUUCUAAUGAACUUCUUCUACUUGUGAACGGGACGAGGUUGUUCUAAGACUGACAUUGAUUUGUGAAGAUUGUGGUGACGCAAGUUUAUAAUAUUGGUCGUAAGUUACUAUACUACGGUGUAAGGCGAUAAACACUCGUGUAUGACUGUAGAAACCGUUGCCAUGACGACCAGAAGGUAACAAUAACAAUACAUUGCUGACCAAUCAGCGUCCUAUUUUAAAAACUAAAACGAUUAUUUCGCCUCGCUAAGUAAUACUCGUAUCCCAAUUUUACGUGUGGCUUAUAACAAUAAAACUUCAAAAAUGUGUCUACUUUGGCCGCGACCGGACAUUCCGAUGUCGUUAUUUCGUAUAAUGUAAUCAUUAAUCUAAUAUUUGGAAGUUUCCAAAAUGUCUGAGUCCCGGUAUUAUAGUGUCCAGUUUAGUACGGCGACAUUGUUGGGCCCUCGGACGGUAGUAAGGCGUGCGGCGGCGGUUUUGGCUGUGAUAUAACCGCGUAUAAUUGCGCGUAUAGAGAAGGACUUGCUUUUAAGAUGUUUAGUUCAGACUUGAGGUUAUAAGUCAAACUUAACUGUCAAACUAAUUAAAAAAACGUCUAGAAUACAUAGUUAAUGUAACCUUUCAUUUGAGUAAUGAAACAAUUUUGAAUAAUACGUCAUACUCUGCCAUAUUUGGCGGUAAUACUUGUAUUAUAAAUAAACAAAUCUCGGUUUGACUAGCCUAAAAUCUUGUCUCCUUCAAGAGAUAUAAAAGACGGGUUACACCCAUCUAUCUAAAUUAUAGGAUGUUAAAAAUUGUAUGAAUUUGUAUUUAGUUUCGUUAGGUGUUAGAGUUUGGAUCAAAAUUUAAUUUUACUCUUUAGAUUAAGGCAUGCGUAUACUAGUUAAUCGUAAGGGUGACUGUUGAGAGGAGAAAGAGACGAUAGGAAGGCCGCCGCACUCCCGAACCGGACGAACCGCCCGCACACUUUGUAAUGCACGGUACAACUCGUUAAAGGACAUGGGGAACAAAACCAACCUUUAACGCCAUCAACAUAAGGUCGUGAAUGGUCGUUAAAAUAUAUCCGUUUUAGGAAUAUAUCGUGCAUUUAAAAGUGUUAUACUUACAUUAAUUAGGCGAAUUGCUCUCAUUAUAAGCGUAGGUGUAAUUAGUGAAAACAUUGUUUGCACAUUGAUUUCAUCUCGUUCGCGAUUUGUGUGACAAUAUUCUUUAAUCGAUUAUCGAUUCGCAUUAUCGAUUGGAUGUUGUUACUGGGUUUAUAAUUUAAAUCAUAGGCUUAGCAGUAUUAUAUUGUCAUAUGUUUGUAAUAAAGGUAAACUCGCUUUUAAGUUUUUUGUAUAACUUCGCGCUACCUCAUGCUGUCGUGUAUUGAAUGAUAAUGAUUUAUUUGCCCUUGAUUUUACAAACUUCGGAACAAAUUAUGAAUAUAACGCUCGAGUUAUAGUGAAUUAGCGAUCCUAAGAUAUCCUUAUAAAGCACAGUAGCCUACAUUUACAGAUAUUAACGGAAUAGACUAUAGACUUAAUAAAUAGCACUCGUCGGAACGCUCUAGUGAAAUAUACACGAUAUAAUAUAACGAUCGAUAUGAAUGUUUUUUAUUAUAAACGAAUAUGCCUUAUUAUAUUUUAGAAUUAAGUUAUUGCUACAACAGUUGUGAACAUUUUAGGUGAAAUGCCCAGUUCUUAUAUGUAAAAAUAGUGCAAACUUGCUCUCAGAUUAGUCACGAUGUAAUUUGGAUAAUGAGUACUCUGUCAUCAAAUUGUGUCGUUAAAACAAAAUGUUUUAUGAUCUCCUUAUUACCUUAUAGCGCACGGAAUUUUGAUUACAGUCAAAUUGAUUGGGGUUCAAAAUCUAGAUUGCAUCGCUGAUUUGAAGCUGGUAUGUGAAUAUUCAAUUUUGUGAUGGUAUUUUAUACGUAGUUUCUUAUAAAUAUUGGGACAGACAAAGAAUCUAAGUCUCUUUUACGUAAACUAUGGUUAAAAUAUUGUCCAAAAUCGAAUGUUGAAUGAUUAAGUAUAUAGUAUACAGUUCUUGCAUGCCGGUUAACUUGAAAUAUACAUAGCCUUAACAUUAAUACAGGUAAGUCAUUAAUAUAAAGGAAAACGUUCUCCAAAUACAUGCAAUUAUGCACUGAUGAUAUUCAAAAACUGUUCGAGAAAAAUAUAAAAAAAGAUAUUUAAGUCUAGUUCAGAAAUAUCUCAGUUAUGCGGACAUUAUAACUAUUACAAGCAUAUGCAUUAAAACCGUCGCUAAAUGACGGAUUCUACACGGUGUGAUUAAAGUCGUGAUGUUUUAAACUUAGGUUCUACUAACGGUAUAGGAGUUUUUUUUUUGAGGGUGAAAAUCAUCCAAUGGCUUAGUGGAGUGUCAGACUUAUACUGACUAAAAACCACCCCGUGCAUACUCCUGUUUUUCAUGCCGGUAACCCGCUAGGAGCUCCCGGUCGGCAUCAGCCAUACUGGCCCUCAGAUGUGGGUUUUAUACUGCGUAAAGAGUAGUUGUGCAAAUAAAAAAUAUUAUAGGCGCUCUGACAAAUGUUAUUAAGUUCGCUUAAUUAUUUUCAAGUUGCAUAAUGUAAUUGCAAAUUGUUUAUUAUUCCAAGAAUUAAACAUAAUAGUUAAUAAGCAAGUCUUAUUUUGGGUCUGAUUCGCAAUUACUCGUGGGUAGAACCUAAGUUUGUCACUUACGGAUUCAAUGGCACCCUGUGUAACUUCAUUAAUAUAGCAGUACAUUUAAUGAUCGGAAAGCCACAAAAGACAGUUCUCAAUUACCUUUACCUCGAAUAAUAAAACAUAUCACAUUAGGCCAUUCAAUAGAUAAUUUAGAUAGCCGGGGAAUCAACAUUUUUGCGGUCGAUUUUUCUCUACUAAUAACAACUUUGUUUUAACAGCCAUAAGAACUAUUUUUGCUUUUUUCUUGUUCUCGUUGAGUAAAACCGGUUGUCUUAUGACUUCUAAGUAGUAGAUAGUUAAAAAACUAUAAUUAACUUUGUGGUUACUUGUCAAAGUUCGUUAAUUUCAACCGAAUUAGUUAGUUAACAGUUCAAUCGUUAUGCUAACUAAUGUCUUGCUGUAAUGUACCUUGAGUUGAUUUUUAGUUCAUAUUUAAUACAUGAAACAAUAAUUCCAGGUUAUUUAAUGAUUAAUGUCCAAUAUUUUGCCCAUUUAUUAAAAAAAUCGACCGCAAAAAGUUCAAAUACAAAUAACACCAAAACUUUACCUUUGCGUGGCCUUUGCUACAAUGUUUUAAAAAGUAAGGUACCGUUACACCACAGAUUAUAACAGUCUAGAUUGUAGGUCGACAUCUAGUACAUAUGUUGUGGCGCUUGAAGUCUGAAAUUUGAUCCGAAUGCCGCGGUUGUGACACUGAUCCCUUGGAUCGGAUUAUUGGGUCAGCUUUGCAUGUAUAUUGUAUGUGCAUUCAUUUGUAAAAGUUAAUAGUACGUGUAUUAGGAAAUAGUAGGUUUUGUAAUUGAUAAAAAUGGAUUUUUGAGUUUUUGCAAAUUUCGUGUCUAAAAGUGAUAAUUUUAUCACAGAAUCACACUAAUAUUGUAAAUGUUAAAGUUUAUUUUUCAAUCACGCAGAUACUAUUUAAUGGAGUUUGAUGAAAUUUCAUAUACAGACACGGUGUGGGGUAACUUGGGUGAUAGGAUAUCUUUUGACCCAAGGGAACGCAGGCGAACCCGUUGGUAAAAGCUAAUUUUGUAGCCUAAGCCUAAAGCCUGUCCUAACAACUAUGGUAAUAACAACAUUACCCAAUAGUUUAAUAAGGAAGUAAUUUGAAAUAUUCUAUGUCUGUUUAAAUCAGAAACUUGACAGGUAACUGAAACAGGUCCUUUUCAAAUUGAAUUAUCAUACAAAAUAAUUCAAUAAUUCUUGCUUUUAGCCUACCUACGUAGUACGUUUCUGGUUUUAUAAUCAGCCCAUGAAUAGAUAGUCUCUUUAUUCAUACUAAGAUUAUUAAUUGAUUUAAUUUGAUAAAAAUAGAGAGCUAAUAAUUAAUACUUAGCUAAAAAGACAGACCUACAUAACUUUAAAUAUUUUUUAUUUGAUUAAAAGGUCACAUAACUCCGUCAUUGGAUAUUAAAAUAAUUAAAUAUUAAAUUACCUAAAAUAAAACACCUAAAAAUAGUAUUUAAAGAAGGUAAUACGGAAACAAAACUUUGACGUGUUGACGUAUGCAGUUUUAAAACAGACGUCAAUGCAACCUCUAAAAUAAUAAAGUGGUAAAAAUUGAUUGAUAUUAUAGGAAAUGUAAAAUUAUAUCAUAAUACAUAUUACAUUUUGUAUGCAAAUCUAAUUUUAUUCAGGACUUCAAGCGUCACAACUUUGCAUAAGGACGUCACACAAUAAAAUACCUUUAAAUACAAUGACAUUGGAAUGUUAAUAUCAUUAAAAAAUAUUAAAAUUGAAAUCAGUUUGAUAAUGACCCGUGUUUAAGGUCGCAAGCUUACAUACGCACACUUUACAUAAUUAUUAUAAUAAUAUUAUGUAUUUUUGACACAGAAAUUACAUUUAAAACAGGAAAAUAAUAUGUCUAGCAAUUGGGUAGUUUCCUCAGUCAAAAUAACAAACUAUAUCUACUUUUCAAUACAAUAAAAUAUUAAAUCAUAAGACUUUCAUUCAUAGAUUUGAUGAUCUACUUAAUUUUGGUAUUUUUUUAGCUAAUUUUCUAGACAUAAGUGUGCUAUAUGACGCAUGUCAUAACGCACUAUUUCAUACAAAAUUCAUAGAAAAUAUCCUGUUUGCAGUUUCGAAAAAAGUAUUGAAUUUGACUAGUAGGAAACUAGCCUAUUAAAAUUGAUAAAACUAUUUCUUUCCUAAAACAAAAUGGCCGCCCUUUUUACUCUGUGGUAACGGUAUCCGUCAACUAAAUGAACCACAUAACACUGCCAAUAAGUGAACAGUAGACUGAACGCCUUCUCAUAGUUAGCAAUAGUUAGAUACGAUUUAUAUAUUAUUCUUAUUAUAUAAUACACAUUCAUAAGUAGCUCAAACUCUGUUAGUAGCUAGGUACGCAUUGUCGUGUAAUUAUUAUUCUUAUGUAUUAUAAUAUUAUAAAUAUAAAUACAGGGUCGCUUUAAGAUGGAACUUCGGGGGAAAUGUAACUUAUGUUAAAAGCAUUAAGACUCAAAUUGCAGUAAAUAAGCUUGAUUGCUUACAAUUUCUCGCCCUGGAGUCUCGUUUUCAUAUUGAACCUGUAUACGAUACUGAUUGAUGGACUGCAUCGAUGUUUUCAAAUAUUUUCUUCCAAAUACUACUCUUGAGACAUAGUCCUAGCUAUGGAAAAACAUAUAUCGAUAUAUUUGCAAAUUAGACCUCUAUAAUGUAAAGGUUAAUGCAUUUUAUCUAUUACAACUCGAAAAAAUAAACUUAUCUAUUCAAAAACACUACCUAUAUACUUUAUCUGUGGAUUAAUGCCCUCUUAACAAGAGCAAAUUGAAUGAUAAAUUAUAAAUUCAAUACUUAUCUUCCAAUAAUGUAAAUAAAUAACAAAAUUGUAGAAAACAUUGAUGCAGUUCUUCAAUUACUGUGUAAUAAGCUUCUUUUUGCCAUAAAUUUGCAUACAUCCAUAAUUACAAACACUUGAUUUGUAAACCGUAGCUCGCAGUGUAUACAGACUUGUACGACAUAUAAUCAUAUUUGUAUAAUAGUGUCAGUAGUAGGCAUACAUUUUAUAAAUCACAUACAUAAUACACACACACAUGUAACUUUAAAAAAUGAGGACAUUAUGGCUAUGUAAACUGUUGAAAUUUUCUUUAAAUUGACUAGAUAUCAGCAACCCAGACUGCGCAACGUCGCCGCGUCUGCGCACGCUGCUCAUGAUGAAGAGUCCCUCUAUGACUCGAAAGUAGUAGAGCUUUUCUCUAUUAAUUUAUGUAAACCUUGAUUUUUAUUACCUUAGUAUGUCUCACGAAAGUUAAUAAAAAAAGCUUUUAGUGAUAAAAGAGGUUUUCGAAAUUGUAACAGGCUACACACUACCGGGCUUUUAUAUGUACAUAAAAACGAUAUAUCGAUAUUUUACACUAAGAUUUAUAGCCAUUACAUUUAAAGCCUUAAAAUCCUUUACUUAAUACACUUCUUCGUCUAAUUUUGACAUGUGUUUAGUUUUACUUGCAAAUACUCAUGUCCCUGUAUUGUAUGGAGGUAUUGGAUGAAGUGUCAUAUUUCUUGAUACAGUUCAUGUGAUCUGGAACUGUCCGUUCAUUGGAAAGUGCACCAGUUUCUUCAUGCAUCGCACGAUAUAUUGGUUAGUUUGCCAAUUUGUAUCUUAUAAGAUACUAGAUCACUUAGGACUUCUUGUUCUUCGACAUAAAUGCGGUGGGUCGUCAAUAAAAAUGGUAUAAUAAAUAAAAAUCACAGUUGAUAUUUACAUAAUAAAGGUUAAUUUUGGACUAAUCUCGUGAUGAUUUAUAAAGCUAUUAUGUCCUCAUUUUUUACGUGAACAUACACACCUGUACACCUGUAUUCAACUUAGGAUUAGCGACCAUAAAUAAUACCUAGACUAAUCGUAACGCAGCUGAUUAUUCAAGAGAUUUAUCCAUACGAAAAUUAAUUAUACAUAUAUUAUUUUUAUUCACAUAUUCACAAACAAAAAUAUACAACAGUUCGUUUAUAAGUUUCUUUAAACAAUAUUCUAAUGCAAUAGGACUGUAAGAUGCUCAUAUUGAAUAGUUUUUGUUCUGAUUAUGUGACUCAGUGUGUUGUUAGCACUUGUAUACAUAUGUAAUAACCAUGUACGGCUCCUGGUAAACUGUAUAAGUUAUAUUGCUUCCUAUGUAGUGCUAAAUAUCAAUUAAUUAGUUUGUAACAUACUGUAGCGUUGCGCGAAGAGAUCGAUUCUGUGGCCGCAGUACUGAAACGCCUCUCAAAGUAUAUUGCAUAGGUCUCAUGCUGUCUUUGUCACUUUAAAAGUGUAUGAUAGUGACAGAAAUAGUUUUCUUCAAAUUGAGUGGCGUUUUAGUACCGCGGUAUUAUUGUUACUUUUGUUUUUAGAUAAACUUUGUAUUUUUAUAGUUUUAAGUAGAUGAAUAUUUGUAUUGCGUGGCUGGGUGUCCUCAGAUUGUAAAUGAUUAAAUACAUGGUGUUUAUCUUAAGGUUUGGGUGAUGUUGACUUUAGUUGUCAGUGUAGAGCCGGUCUCAGGUCGCGCAACGAGACAACGUAGUAGUUACAGUUCCGUGCAAUGUAAAUAGUACCGAGUUAGUUUGAGUGGUAACGAGGACAUUGUGUUGAACGAGAAUGUUUGAUUUAUAUUAUUUAGUUUGCGACCGAGAUAUGGAGUUGGGUUAUUGUGAGAUGCAAACUGUAAUAGCUCUGGUAUCGCCAGCAAGUUGUCACCAAAUAUUAUCGAAGGAAUAAGUGUUAGAGGAUCGUCAUCGAGUUUAAUAAUACAAACAUUAAUUAGCCAUAUUCCUAAAUCAUUAUUAUAGUUAAGGAUCACGUUACAUCUCAAGUCUACAAUAGUUCCUUUGUCAUGUGUCAUUAUGUAAUCAUUACUAACGAGAAUGUGUAAUAGAUUCGUUUAAAUAUUGUGUAUAAAGUAAUUUACUGAAAAUAUUUGCAUCUAUCUCAAAUGUCAUUUUAUAGAUUAAAUUAAAAUUAUUAUAUUACGCUUA